UUCACACAGAUCUUUAAAGAGGAGAGAGGAAUGUACCAGGACAAGGUGUUCUGCUUCAUCCAUCUGAGUGUUCAGGAGUUCCUGGCUGCUCUUCAUGUCCAUCUGACCUUCAUCAACUCUGAAGUCAAUCUGAUGAAAAAACAACAUGUCUACCAGAGUGCUGUGGAUAAGGCUUUAAGGAGUCCAAAUGGACACCUGGACUUGUACCUCCGCUUCCUCCUUGGUCUUUCACUACAGACCAAUCAGACUCUCCUACGAGGCCUGCUGACACAGACAGGAAGUUGCUCACAGACCAAUCAGGAAACAAUCCAGUACAUCAAGAAGAAACUCAAUGAGAAUCUGUCUGCAGAGAAAAGCAUCAAUCUGUUCCACUGUCUGAAUGAAUUGACUGAUCAUUCUCUAGUGGAGCAGGUCCAACAGUCCCUGAGAUCAGGAAGUCUCUCCACAGAUGAAGUGUCUCCUGCUCAUUGGUCAGCUCUGGUUUUCAUGUUACUGUCAUCAGAAGAAGAUCUGGAUGUGUUUGACCUGAAGAAAUACUCUGCUUCAGAAGGGGCUCUUGUGGGGCUGCUGCCAGUGAUCAAAGUCUCCAACAAAGCUUUGCUGAGUGUCUGUGAGCUGUCAGAGGCAGGCUGUGUAGCUCUGACUUCAGUACUCAGCUACAAGUCCUCUAGUCUGAGAGAGCUGGACCUUAGGAUCAACAGCUUGGACGAUUCAGGUGUAAAGCUUCUGUCUGCAGCUUUGGGGAGUUCAUGUUGUAAACUGAAUACUCUAAGACUGAGUUUCAGUAACCUCUCGGAGAGCAGCUCUGAAACUCUUUCUGCUGGACUGCAGAAUCUAAACUGCAAGCUGAUUACUCUGAGGCUAAUGGGUUGUAAGUUCUCCGAGGGAAGCUGUGAAGCUCUGUCCUCAGUUCUCAGCUCCCAAUCCUCUAGUCUUAGAGAGCUGGACCUGAAUAAUUCUGAGCUGUGGGAUUCAGGAAUGAAUCUUCGGUCUGUAGGAAUAAUGGCUUCACAGUGUACACUGGAAACACUCAGACUGAGUAGAUGUUUCCUGUCAGAGGGAAGUUGUGAAGCUCUGUCCCUAGUUCUCAGCUCCCAGUCCUCAAGUCUGAAAGAGCUAAACCUGAGUAACAAUAACCUGCAGGAUUUGGGUGUGAAGCUUCUGUCUGCUGCACUGCAGAGUCCACAAUGUAACCUUGAAACUCUCAGUCUGUCAGGCUGUCUAAUCACAGAGGAAGGCUGUACUUUUCUGGUCUCAGCUCUGAACUCCAACCCCUCCCAUCUGAGAGAGCUGGACCUGAGCUACAAUCAUCCAGGGGACUCGGGAAUGGAGCUGUUGUCAGCUGGACAAAAGGAUCCACGUUGGAGACUGGACACUCUUAGGUAUGGAGAGAAUGCCUGAUAAAGGAGGAAGAGCUGGAAACAUUUCUUUUGUCCUUCAUUCACUUCCUAUUUUUUCUUGAUGCAUGCUCAAUCAUCCAGGCAAGGAAAUCCCCCAAAUAUGAUUAUAUUCAUCUGGACGUGGUGUUUUCAGUGGGAGAAACAUUUUGUCACUCAUCCAAGUGACUUCUUCAGUCUCAGCUGACUGCAGGUUUUCUCAGUAUUAUAAAUAGUACAUUUACGCAUUGACGGAAACUAGAACCACUGGUGAAAAAUGGGCUGUGAGGUCAGUUUCAUGAUCAUUAAUAUGCAAAUAUUAAUUGUUCUCAGAGCUAACCCACGACCAUUGAUACAUGGUCUUUGAUCAGUGGUUGGCAGUGUUGGGUAAGUUACU